CUGAAUAGCUGCUCGAAUAUUAUUUGUUUCGUUUUCUUCUCUUUCUUCCAAAAAAGACUUCCGUACAGUGGUAUUUUCGGAGGUGUUUCUGCUAUGACUGUAAAGCAGUUUAAAACUGUUAACGGGUUUUCAAACUCAUUUUGGGGUUGGGGAGGUGAAGAUGACGAUAUGUCUAAUAGAUUGAAACAUGUUGGAUUCCACAUAGCUAGAUAUCCAAUCAAUAUAGCGCGCUAUAAAAUGCUUAGCCAUCGUAAGGAAAAAGCAAAUCCAAAACGAUACGAGAAGUUAGUCACUGGCACUAAAAGAUUCGACAUAGAAGGAUUAAACUCUUUGAAAUAUGAAGUUCGGGCUUUUGAACGCAAAGUAUUAUACACCUGGAUUUUAGCAGAAAUUAAACAGGAUUCGCACAGCUGAUUAGUGCAUUGGCAUCCUUUUUUACAAGAAUAUAACAGAGAAUGUUAAAAUUAGUUUUUAUAUAUUAUAUCCAUUCCAUUUAUGUACAAUAUUUUAGUAUUUUCAAUGAAAUUACAUGAUAUAACAUCGCAUUAUUCGAAUAUGUAUCUUGCCAAAGUAUGUCUUCAGAUUUGUAUUUUGGAAUUUAAUUUGAAAAUGAUAUAAAUUUGUGAAUAAAAGGAAAUUUAUUAUUAUUGAAAAAAA